CGUUCAGAAUAUACAUAAACGCAUUUACUUUAUAAUCGUCAAAAAUGCAAGUAAAUUUCCAUUGCUUAAAAAUGUACAUCUUAUUUAUUCUGGCAAUACUUGUAAAGUUAAGUGCAAAUAAGGCUCCGAGCCGUGGAGAUUUGAGGGUGUAUAAAGGACGGAACGACACUCACAACGAGUUCCCGUUCACUGUGGUUCUGCAAAGGAAGGAUAAUAUGGAAAGAUUUUGUACCGGCAGCCUUAUAGCGGAAGACUGGGUCCUCACUGCAGCCCACUGCGUUCCAAGUUCUGUGUUACUUGUCAUCAGAUAUGGUGAUUUUACAAAGCUGCCAACAGAAACCACGUUGUACUCAAGCGUGAUCAAAACAUACGCUCACCCUUCCUACCUGGAAUCCCCAUUACCGAUAAAUGAUAUAGCGCUAAUUUUCACUGAAAAAAUACCCAGAAAGAACCAUGCAAGACUGCUGGCGCUCGAUUUUAAAACUUUCUUCGGGCUUCCUGUGAAAUACGCGGGUUUUGGUAAUAUUGGACGGCGUAUUGCUGCGACUUCGAAAGAAAACAGAGAAUCAGAAUUCAUUCCUCUUCAAAUUGGAGAGGGUAUUGUGAGCAUUUAUCAUCAACGCCUCUAUGACAGUGUGUUAUGUGUAGCGCCGAAGUGUUCGAACCGGAAUCAGCAGGGUCGCCCGGGGGACUCCGGAGGGCCGCUGGUGUAUGACGGACGACUCAUUGGCGUAGCUAGCAGCAUUUCAGAUUUGUAUCCUAUUACAUAUUUUACCCCUGUAAGCCCAUAUUUAGAAUGGAUUCGAAACACCAUACACUUCAAUGACGGUUAAAUAAAUUAUGAUUAUAAAGUUUCCCCAAUAACGUUAUUCCAGUACAGUGCUUUAUUUCUCACAUGAUAUUAUUUCGAAAAGCAUAUUUUUAGUACAGACGCAAUUCCCCUAGUCUUCUGCUGUCGAUUGUUCUCAGUAGAUAAUAUGAUUAUUUUUAUCAAAUCAAAACAAACUCCGUUAUUAACCUUAACGGCCCAAUAGUUUUAGUAUUUUAUAUUAAUUUUUAGAACCAAACAAAAAAAUAAUCAAAAACUUAAAUUUUGUAUGUCGAAAACUGAAUGAUUGAAAUUGAAUUACCCAAUCUACAGAUUUGAUGUGUAACUUUAUAGUUAUGUACAUAAAUUGGUUUUUGUUAUCAAACGUCAUAAAAAGAAAUGAAAUAAAACUAGAAAACUAUAAGAUUUUUAAUUUUUUCUUUUGAAACUCCGUUCAGAACACACUCUGAUUUGCUUUGCAUUCAAUGUAUUCAAUAUAAGGAAUCCGUUAAUUGCAUAGAUGAUGCUCUAACCUACUAGUUCUGUGAAUACUGGUAGGGUUAUGUGCGAGUAUCGCCAGCAGCCGAGGAGGCCUCAGGGUGUUUCAAGGAGAGGCCGACUCGCGCGUUGGGCGAACGGGAGUUCGCCGUAGUCUUACAAAGAAAGCAAUGGUCACGGAUUUUGCAACGGCAGUUUGCACUACUGGGUUCUUGACGUUGCUUACUGCGUUUACAACUGGUCACCAAAUAAAGGUCAUCAUUUCAUCAGAUACGAAAUUAAUGCUAAACCCAUGCUAAACCGGUGAAUGAAGCUAAAAUCUAAUUAAAGCUGAUUGAAAUUAAUUCCGUUGGAAAUACAUAUACAUAAUACCCCAGUAACGACCACCACUACGGAAGCCACUCGUAAAACAAUUCAUCGUAUUUUAAAUAGAUACCUAAGCUGGAUUUGUAUUAAUAUAAUAUUGAUGCGGAAAUUUCUCGUUGUUGCUGUUAGUAGGUACCUAUUUCAAAUAUUUAAAUUCCAGACAAAAUAAAAUGUAA